UAUUUUUGUCUUUUUUCCAGAUAAUCCUCCAACACCAGAAUCCUUGCCUCUCAUUGCUACCCCUGACUUUGACGCCAGAACCUCAUAUUUCCUGGACUUAAAGGCGGCAAGUCUGGUUCAUGACUGUUACAAACCUUCUUCCAAAGUCGACUGACCAUCAUCCUGUCCCUUCCCAGCAUGGCUAGACGGAAGAUUGACAGCUGUCCUCAGGUUUUUGUUGGCCUGUUUCUGGUUUCUGCGGCACUUUCUCUUGUUCAGAGCAAUGAGUGCCCCCAGCUGUGUGUAUGCGAGAUCCGACCUUGGUUCACCCCUCAGUCCACCUACAGAGAAGCCAUAACAGUGGACUGCAAUGACCUUCACCUAACUCGGAUCCCAGGAAACCUGUCCAGUGAAACCCAGGUUCUUCUUUUACAGAGCAACUACAUUGCCAGGACCAGUGAAGAACUGGAGCAACUAUUCAACCUGACAGAACUGGACUUAUCUCAAAAUAACUUCAGUACAAUUAGAGAUGUUGGUCUCAUCAACAUGUCCCAGCUCACCACACUUCAUCUAGAGGAGAACCAGAUCAUGGAAAUGCCCGACUACUGUCUGCAAGAUCUAAGCAACCUGCAGGAACUCUAUAUCAACCACAAUCACAUCAGCAUCAUUUCUGCCAACGCCUUCUCUGGGCUUCAUAACUUACUCAGGCUUCAUCUCAACUCUAACAAGCUCAGAUCUAUCAACAGUCAGUGGUUUGACUCUACGCCAAAUCUAGAGAUUCUCAUGAUUGGAGAGAACCCCGUUGUUGGAAUUAUGGACUUCAACUUCAAGCCGCUGAGCAAUCUAAGAAGUCUGGUUUUAGCUGGAAUGGAUUUGAAAGAUAUUCCUGGAAAUGCCUUUGUGGGGCUCGACAAUCUUGAGAGCCUCUCUUUCUAUGACAACAAGUUGGUUGGAGUACCUCAGAAAGCCCUUCAGAAACUACCCAACCUAAAAUUCCUGGACUUGAACAAAAAUCCAGUGCACAAGAUACAGGAGGGGGAUUUCAAGAACAUGCUUAGAUUGAAAGAAUUAGGGAUAAAUAACAUGGGAGAUCUGGUUUCCAUUGACCGUUAUGCUUUGGACAACCUCCCUGAACUCACAAAGCUAGAGGCAACAAACAACCCCAAGUUCUCUUAUAUUAAUCGCCAGGCCUUUCGGGAUGUCCCGGCUUUGGAGAGCCUAAUGCUAAACAACAACGCCCUGAAUGCCCUUUAUCAGUCAACUGUGGAUGCUCUUCCCAACUUGCGAGAGAUCAGCAUCCAUAGCAACCCCUUGCGCUGUGACUGCGUCAUCCAAUGGAUGGGCUCCAACAAAACCACAGUGCGAUUUAUGGAGCCCCUAUCCAUGGUUUGCUCUAUGCCACCAGAGGUCAGGGGUAUGCACGUCCGCGAGGUGCUGCAGAAAAGGUUACUGAACCAAUGUAUGCCGCUAAUUUCCCACGAUACCUUCCCCACCCAUCUCAAUUUAGAAAUAGGCAUGACCUUGGAUUUGGAUUGCAGAGCUAUAUCCCAGCCUGAGCCUGAGAUCUACUGGGUGACACCGAUGGGAAACAAGAUUAUGACUGACACUUUAUCUGACAAGUACAGCCUCAGCAAAGAGGGGACGCUGAGGAUUUCCCAUAUCCAAGUCGAAGACUCCGGCAGGUACACUUGUGUGGCUCAAAACUCUGAGGGCGUUGACACAAAAGUGACAGCGAUAACGGUCAAUGGCACUCUGUUUGACAACACGCAGCUCCUAAAGAUCUACGUCAAACAGACCGAAUCUCACUCAAUCCUCGUCUCCUGGAAAAUAAGCUCCAGCGUCAUGGCCUCCAACCUCAAGUGGUCAUCCGCGACAAUGAAAAUCGACAACCCUCACAUUACCUACACUGCCAGGGUACCCGUGGACGUCCAUGAGUACAACCUCACUCAUCUGCAGCCAGCAACCGAGUAUGAAGUGUGCCUCACUGUCUCCAGCAUCCAGCAACAACCGCAGAAGUCGUGCGUGAACGUCACAACGAAGCAAGCAACCUUCGCGGUGGAAAUAUCUGAUCAGGGGACCAACACUGCUCUCGCGGCAGUCAUGGGAACAAUGUUUGCGAUCAUCAGCCUGGUUUUACUGGGCGUGUACACCGCUAAGAGGUGGAAGAGGAAAAAUUACCACCACUCUCUGAAGAAGUAUAUGCAGAAAACCUCAUCAAUACCGUUAAAUGAGCUGUACCCUCCGCUUAUUAACUUGUGGGAGGCAGACAGUGAAAAGGAGAAAGAAGGCUCGUCGGAGACCAAACCUAGCCAGGUCGACACCACACGCAGUUACUACAUGUGGUGAAGCGUUCCCACCGGGAGAAACAGAAGCAUCAUUGUUUAAGUAGCACAAAUAUAAAUGCUUGCUUCUUGCUUCUUUACCUUAAUAAAAAAAAUUUCAUGUUUAAAUUUUUUUUUUUUCUUUCUUCGGCUUUUUUUGACUGAGGCGAACAGUGAGUGAGAAUUUUCACAUCUAAUUUCACACAUUGUUUAUUUUUUCUUUUUACCUCUCACGUGUGUUUGGCACACAAUGUGGCAGCUUCAUUUAGCUUCUUGAACUUUGUAGUCACGGCGCUUUACUUUUGGCACUCAUCUUUAUGAACAAGGCAUGAAGCAUUGUCAUGGAUACAGCACGACAUAAAGGAAGAGCUGAAUCCCAACCUUUUGUUUGAGAAGUUUCCCUCGCAGGACUGCUACCAGUCUGCAGUUUUUUCUUUCUGUUGUAAAACAAUUUCACCGUUGACUGUUGUGCACUCAAAAUAUAGUAUAUGCUAAUUUGUCUAUCAACUCAAAUGUAAACCGAGAAAGUACAUUUAGAAUUGAUAUACUGUCUAUUGAAUAAUGUUAGAAAUUCUUCUGUAAUGUUGUAUCAGCUAUGACUUGAUUUACUUUUUGUACUCUAAAAUAAAAGGAUGUUUGGUUUAGACUUUAAGUUUGCAGGGUACUGUAAACCAGCAAUAGAAAUAUGAAUGUUAUAACCCUAGCUAAAUAGAUGUAAGACUUUUAUAAUUCUUACAAGAAUUGUUUCUUAACAUUGCUGGAGUGUCUACAAUCACUGUUUUGUUUUUUUCAGGUUUACACACAUGAACAUGUUGUGUAAGGAGGAGCGACUCAAAUAAAAUCUUUUAAUCAUGUUUUCUAACCCAUGA